AAUAUAUUAAUGCUAAAACAUCUUUAUGAUACAGAUUGUGUAACAUGGUCUCCAUAAGGAAAAUUAUUUUAAGUGGAAUAUGCAAUGGAAGCCGUGAAAUAGGGAAGUAUUUGUUUAGGACUAAAAUCAAAUGAAAAUGUAGUAUUAUGCAGUCUGAAAAGAUAACCAUCUGAAUUAGCUGGUUAUUAAGAAAAAUAAUUUAAAAUAGAUGAUCAUAUGGCUAUAGCUAUAGCUGGAUUGACUGCUGAUGCUCGUAAUAUUAAAUAUUUAAUAUAUAGGUGUAUUAUGUAAAUAUAUGAGAACAGAAUGUUUGGAAUAUAAAUAUACAUAUGAAUCUCAUCAUCCAGUUGGAAGAUUAGUAUUCAAAGUUGCAGAAAGUAUUAUCAAAUAUAAUAAAUCAUAGAAUCUUAACAUAAAACUUAGAGUGGAGCAAAGAGACCUUAUGGUGUAGGAUUAUUAGUUGCAGGAAUUGAUCCUAAUGGUGUACAUUUAUUUGAAACAUGUCCUUCUGGAAAUUAUUAUGAAUAUAAAUGUUAAGCUAUUGGUUCUAGAUCAUAAGCUGCUAGAACUUAUUUUGAAAGUUGGUUCCACUUAUUUGAAAAAAGUACUUUAGAAUAGUUAAUUUUACAUGGAUUAAGUGCUCUUAAAAAAGCCAUCAUGGAAGAUGAAGAGUAAUGAUACAUAUUUAAUAUUUAGAUUGAAUGAAAAAAAUGUAGAAGUUGGAAUCUUAGGUAAAAAUUAAAAAUUUAUUCAUCUUAAUGCUUAAGAAUUAAAAGAAUAUAUUUAAAAAUUAGAAACAUUUAAUGCAAAUACCUAAAUUUAAUAAGAGUGAUGAUUU